CACGAUUGGUGGCGUCCUAUCAUUUUUGUUUUUCAAGGAAUUAAAAAGUGCUGAACUUCACUGCCAUUGCCAUGACUGCGGUAAACAGAGCCCGGAAGGAUCGAACAAUACGACAGUUUACUCCUCCAUUAAAUGAAUCUCCCUACAGAGAACAAGACUUCAGUCCAGCAGUGCGAAAUGCCUGUCUCGCCAAAAAAACAGGAACUGUUGGACUAAAGGUGUCCAAAAUGAUUGUGGUGGGCGAUGUUUCAGUUGGUAAGACCUCCCUCGUCAAUCGGUUCUGCCAUGAAUGCUUUGACCGAGACUACAAGGCAACCAUCGGUGUCGACUUUGAAGUGGAAAGAUUUGAUAUACUUAGUGUCCCCUUCAACUUACAAAUAUGGGAUACAGCUGGUCAAGAGAGGUUUAGAUGUAUAGCAUCAGCUUACUACAGAGGAGCACAUGUUGUUGUGAUCGUAUUUGACCUGAUGGACCCAUACUCAUUGGAGAGCGUGUCCAGGUGGCAUGAAGAAGCUCUAAGGGAAAACAGUGGCUGUGUCCAUCUCUUCCUCGUUGGAACCAAGAAGGAUUUAUGUUCUAAGCAGCAAUUUCAGGAAGCGGAGGAGAGAGGCUUCAAGAUGGCCCAGCAAAUUCAAGCAGAGUAUUGGGUUGUCUCCUCAUUAACAGGCGAGAAUGUCACCGAUUUCUUCUUCCGCGUGGCCUGCAUCACGUUCAACGCGGCGGUCAGUAGGGAGGUGGAUGACAUGGAUCUCAAAUCGAAGAAGAUUGCCGUGUCCACCGGGAGUCACCUCAUCAAGCUUAAUAAACCUGGUGAUUUGGACGCGUCACUGAAUGACAACAAAUGUUCCUGUUGAUGUCCCCACAAUGCCUUCAUAGAUUUCAUCCAACUCGCCGUAAUUGCCUGAGCACAGCAACCUUUUUGUGUCAAUGGACGUGAUUGGCUAGCUGCAUUGAAAUGGUGCAACUUGUUAGCCAAUCAGAAAUUCUUUAAGAGAGCGAUUCAUCCCAGCGGCCUUAAUAGACAUCCACCCAAGUGUUGAUCCUCCAUUCAUCCGUUGGUGCUGACAGUAAUGGCUUGGUUUGUAAGUUAUUUGCAUCUAAUCUACAGUAUGUCUUAGUUGAGACUGAGGGCACAUUUUGUGGCUAGUAGUGGCACACAUGUCUAUGGGAAAUGGCUCCAGAUGCUAGCCAGUGGCCUCCAUUGGCACGUGCGCUAUUUUCAGCCAUAGCCACAAUUCUUAAUUUCUGUGUAUGUAAGUCAAAGGAGUGAAUAUGUAUAGUGCUGUGUCCAGUUUAUAACUGAAUGUACACAGAUCAUGGUUGUGUUUUUGUACUGUCUUAACUUGAGUUGUGAGACAAGCGAAAUUAGCAUGAAUCAUUGUCUCAAGUGACACUUAAAGUGCCCCCACCUGUCAAACAAUUGGCAUUUUUGGCCAAAAGAGAGCACUGUUUGUGGGUGGAGCCGGUAAGUCAGCAAAAAUAGAAAUAAUUCACACUUACCAGAUAGUACAUGGUGCCACCGAGUGUUCACCUCAGAGCUGGGAGCCAAUUUUAGCCUCUCUUGUUGACAUCUUCCACCAAUUGUCCCGGAAUCCAUUGCCUGUCUUUCAUUGGUCACAUUGACAGUUAACAUCGUUAUUGUCCAAAGAAUCUGACCCCAAGUUACCCACGCUCAAAAACUGCAGAAGUAAAAUUGACUGCCUAGGCAGUUUUAGGUGGUGCAAAAUGAAUGCUUUGAUUUGGAAAUACACAUGAACCAUUACUCAUUCUCACGCUUGUACUCACACUUGAGUGCAUUCGUGAAAAUGUACUCAGGAAACUACUCAUUCUCAUGAAAUGUAUUCGUAAGCAAAAUGUCUGUGUACUUGUAUUCAUGAGCAUGAUUGGGAAGUACAGUACCCAGGCACCUACAUGUACCUUUGCUCUCACCAUAUAUGCACAUGCGAGUAGAGGUGCUCGUGAAAAUGUACUCGACUACCACACCGACACAAACAGAUGUCGGCUUUCCCAUGCAGUGCAGAGUAGAUGAGGUAGAGCCUGGCAUGAGCUGCUUUUCUGCACUAUCAAUCAUUGUGAGUUACUCUUGUUCACGGCAAUGUCCGUCAUUAUUUUCCCCCGUCCAGGAACACUGGUUCUAAAGAUAUAAUGCAUGCAUCUUAUUCUGUGUCGUCUUUCAAAUUGGAAACACACUGUUGCAAAUAAUUUCCAAAUCCAUCGCUUCAAAUCUCUUAGGAUAUAUAGUUUCAAUUUAAAUUUUCUUUGCCAUUUUGGAGCACUGGCGAUCGCUAAAUCCUUUGAGCUGUAAUUGGAGAGAUUUUAUUUCCAUGAUUAAGCCCCUAGUUGACACAUGCACAGUCAUGGCCGGACACUACCCACAAUGGUUUGUUUUCAUUUCAAACAAUUCCGUGAAUGACUCAGAGAUCACUAGUGCUCUUAGAUAUGAUGAAUACAAACAAAGCAAGGAUUUUCAUAAAUGUAUCCCUUUUCCAUCUGGACAGGUGUCAAGCAUUAUGUCUAAUGUGUGUGUUGCCUUCACAUACUGCUUACAAGCCAAAGAUUUAAAUGUGUGUUUUAUCUUGAUGUCAUGUGGUACCUAUCUAGUCACGGAUGCUGUAUUCUGAUUGGAUGGUAUUCUUUUACUCAUGUUUAAUAGAUAAGAUUUGAAGGUUUUCAUGGUGAAAGAAACUAGACGAGUAAACUGCUUGCCGUUGCACCAUGUAUCAAUCUCUUGAGUAGGUGUGGUUCUGAGAAGAACCGGGGAAUAACUCAAGUGUACUCUGUCCGUCUUCACCAAUCAUUUUACUCGUCUUCUGAAGUCUAGUUUUGUGUUCCUUAUGCAGGGUUGUUGCUGGAUGUAAUUUAAGUAAAUUUGUGCAAAGAAUACGAGGGUACGGUUCUAGGUUAUAGAGAAUGCAAGCAAAAAUUUAUUCAUAUGGUAUUUGUUUUCUACUUCAGCUGUGUGUGUUUUAGGGAGAGCUUCUCUGAAGAAUCACAUCCAAAACUCAUCCAAGAAAUAUAUCUUAAGUCACAAUGCUUAACACCAAUUGCUCAACUUGUAUCUUGUUGCAUUUAGGCUGGGCCAAGCCUGAUCUUAAUCAGCAUCGAUUAGAAUUUGCUUCAGUCAAUGUAGCCAAGGAGGGCUAUGACACCUUUUAAGGGGUAAUGGACUUUUCCUCUUGAAAACGAUUUGUAGUUACAUGCAAUAUAUCUGGGUCUUGGGGUGGCUAAACUCCAGAGGGUAACUUUUCUUAAUGGGGGAAAUAAAAUUGGUGAAAUAUGAACAAAAUUUCACAUUUUAAUUUUUCGAGAAGAUGCUGACAAUUUUGCAGGUGGCCCAAGCUGCGAAGUUUUUCCUGAGAUACAAUGUAGCUCACAGUUUUCUCUCUGUGAGCUUUUCAAUGGAUAAGAAGCUCUCUGUGCACAAACCCCAUACAGCUUCAGUCCUCCUUGUUGAACUUGGACCAACCAGCUCAGAAAAAUAUGCCAACUUCAAUUCAGAAUGUUAUUUUUAAAAUUCAAAAUUGUAUCAAUAUAAAACAAACACUGCCUUCUGCCAAAUUGUUCAGUACAAUUUACACCGCCAGUUGAGAGUUCUGCAAGAUUUUUUGCCUGUUUCAAAAAAAAAGAAGUUAAUGUAUGACCAACAAUUUGAAGGUGCUUUUUUCAAAAGACAGAGUUUAUAGUUUCUAGGAAGGAUUUGUCUGUGUGCUCAGCUCAAAUUUUUGUUCUGUCAAGUCUGUAGUCACAUGUGCUUAUUAUAGGUGAAGCUUUCUCUGAAACAUAAGCACAUUUGAGCUAGCAAGUCUAGAUACGGCGGGCCGUGACAACUCACUUGUAAUAGAAGAUUUCCAUCUCCCAAAUCCUCAAAGAAAGAUUCACGUUGUGGCAUAUCUCUGUGCCAACAUACCCCUAGCAUUGUAUCUGACGUAACUUAGCAGUGAGCAUUUUAGGUUAGAUUUUGUUCCUUUGAACGGCAAACAAGAGCCAUUUCUUUCAUCUGUGGAGGUUACAAAUUCAGUUCCGUGUCCGGACAUCACUUGACACCCUCUGCACAAACCCCAUGAGACUGGUUUGAAAAAUUCUGAAUAUUUUCUCAGCAAAUUAUUCAAUAUCAGCCCUGUUAAAUUUGAACUUUUAGGACGUUAUUGCAUUGUGAUGGCUGAUAUACCCCUGCAGGGAAAAAUGAGUAAUGUCCGUAUAUAGAACUCUGUGCAAGUUUGGUACUGUUCACCUGGGAACAAUCAUGACUUGAAGCAGGGUGUAGUUACAUGUGGAAUCUAUAGCAUUUAUAUAGCUUUGUAGUAUAUUUCCAAGUGGUGCAGAGGUGAACUAUUUUUAUUCCAGAAAUUAUAUACAUGGUGUCUGUGAACUAUCAAUCUCCAAAUUGAUCUAUUUAAUAUCAUACCCUAGCAAGUUCUUUCGUUUUCAUUCAUUCAUUCCUAUAGCCCCGAUUGUAGUGGCAAUAUUGUACAUGGCUUUCAACCACUUUCCUUUUUUUUUUUUUAAUGUGUGGAAUGUCUAAGGGUUAAGAUGUAACUAUCACACAAUAAUCAUCAAAUCAUCAUCGAUUCCAUCAAGAACUGUAAAUUGCAAGGCCCAGAGUUUAAGUAAAACCUUUUUAAAACUUAUUUCAAUUUUCUGUUUUUUUUGGGGGGGGUGUUAAACAUCAACUGGACUUGUCCUUGGUGUUAAUCUGUGUAUGGCAAACAUGAAGCACAUUGUACUCAAAGCGUGCAUAAAAUGUCAAAAAUUUCAUCAAUUGUGUAGAAAGCAGGUAUUUUUGUCUCAGACCUUGCUCGCGUAAUUGAAAAAAAUGAUUGCCAAAUAGUUUUUAAAGCAUUCUUUUCAUUAUGCUUGAACAACGUAACAGCAAUUAUUGACUAAGUUAUUUGCGUAUGAGUCAUGUUUUAAAAAAAUACCUUGAGCAACUGAAAAUGAUAUUCUCAGUAUAUAUAUUUAAUAUUGAUAGUUUAUUGGUGAAAUAAAAUUUGUCCAAGAAAUUUUUUCCUCCACAGAGAUAUCCUUCUUUCCCUGUCAAGAGCAGCCACUCACAGAGAAGGCUGAAAAUUCUGGAAGCUGUUUUCCCAACAAAGUUUUUAACCGCAAUCAAUGAAUGGUCUCUAAUAUUCAUACACAAAUACAUGUACAUGUAUUUAAGCAGUGCAAUAUAAUAAACAUCCGAGCUACAGUAUUUAUUCCAAUUUUCAUGAAGUUUAAUAAAUAAUUCCAAAAUGUCAUGUUUACUCGACACAGCCACCAUACUGUACCGGCAAGCCAUGCAGAUAUGACAAAGUGACAUAUUCCUUGCACUUCUUAAAGCACAGGUCCACACAUGUAUCCUUUCUACAACAAUUUCUACAGUUACUGAACACAAAACUACGAAGAAAAAUCAAUGGAAACGAGCUUGUGAUAUCUAUUGCAAGUGUACCCACUUUGAAAUAAAUUUUGUUUGUGCAAAAAAGGGGAUUUCUGCCCAACAACCAAUAAGUUCCACUUGAUCCUUAAUCUUAGUGAUGAGAAUCUGUGUGAUCAGUGCACUUAAUGUUUGAUGGGCACUGGAAGGAGAAAUAAUGGAACUCGGUAGCUCGCUCCUCGAAGGCUUUCUUUUCCAGUUUCAGCUGUGUUUUAAGUUUUACAAAGCUGCUGUCAAAUUGUCUUGUCAACUUUUUUGUGACUACUGUUUACUUGCAAAAACAAAUUCUUGAAAUAGUGCUUUUUAAGCAAAUCAAUAUGUGGAUCUCAAAGCAAAUGCAUUUCAGUGGAACUUACAGUGACUGCAUUGUUUGAUACUAGUAUUGCACAUUUUCAGACAUAUGCUACUAUCAACAUUUAUACCCACAGGAAAAAUUCUAUGUACAGUUUAAAUUGUCAAUCAUAUACAUGUAAUCAUUUUCCACAUAUAUAUACAUAAAUUGUGAUGAAUGUGAAAAAUAUUAAAAACCCCAAAACAGAAAUUAUAUUGAGAUUUUCCUUUUAUAAAAUAUACUUGAUUGAAAAUUAUGGAUCACCGAAAUGAUAUAACAUAUUUCAGUCAAAAUUUCAAUAAUAUCACUCCAGUGUUCAAGCUGUUCACUUCAACACAUUGAUAUUGAAGAAUUUUCUCCAACACGUACCAACAGGCCAGUUCAUACUUGCUGCGAAUUAGUGACUUUUAGUUAAAUAUUUGCACUGUGAAUUUGCAUAUGUUGAAUGUAUUUCAACUAGAGCAAAUAUCAUUGCAAACUUUUCUUGAGGUCGAAUUUGCUUUGCUUUGGCAUAAAGUACAAACCAGCCUUUAACUACUCACUAUUCAUUGCACAAAUUCUACAUUUCCACUUCAUAUACGGAAGUUGAAAGACCAGGCCAAUGUUCAUGAACAAAAGCUUACCCAGCUAAUACACCUUGCUAUUAGCAAGGAAAUGCUGAAAACCUUAUUAAGGAAACUCAAGUGUCAUUGCUGCUGUACAAAUGUCCUCACCCAAAGAUCUCAAGCACCAGGGCCACAUUUCAUGGGGUGGUGAGCACUUGAAUUUGCUUAGCGCACGAAAAAGCAGUUUGGUUGAUAUGUCCAGUUGAUAGUUGUUAACCGUUCAAAAACUCGCUGAGCAAUGUUUCCUGCCUGGCAGUUCAGUGAUACUGGCUCCCGGAUUUGAGUACAUUCAGUCAAAAAUGGGUGAUGUGAACUCCUGGCCAUUGGCAGGCAAGAUCUGGUGUAAGCACACCCUCGACAGUCUCUGUUCCUUCUUGGGCCAGUUAACUCAUCUGGUUCAGCCAGAUUCUUCCCUGCUCAGAAAAUUUACGCAAAGCACUUUCAUGCAAUCUGCACAAAAGUCAACUCCAACAGCUACGACACAAUGUACCACUCACUCCACCAAUGACAGCAUCUACUUGGGUUUACAUAUCUAUUCUGCUGCGUGUGCUUGCACAAAAUUCACAAGUAUUACGUCUGACUAACAUAAUUCAACUUCAAAAAA